CUAAUUUAUAUGCACAUUUUCACAUAAACAAUUAUUCAUAAAAAUAUAUAUUGAUAUAUAUACAAAUAUAUGAUUUUGAGAUAAACGCCAUAUACUAAACAUUUUCAGUUCAUUUACAAAGAAUGUCAUUAAUACCACAGAGUAUCAUUUCAUCAGGAACAUUUCAUUCGAAAAAACAUUCUGUCAACAGUAUUAUCAUGAAUGAACGCUUUCGCGAUAAUCACCCAAAUGAUCAUAUGAAUACUAGUAAUGUGGAAUUACAGACAAAUUAUUCCGACAUGAAUAAUUCCAAGUCUGUACGAAAUAACUGGUCAUCACGUCUGUAUUUUUUACUGUCAAGUAUUAGUUUUGUGGUUGAUUUAACAACAGUAUUUCGUUUCCCAUACUUAUGUUAUAUACAUGGUGGUGUAGAAUUUUUUAUAGCCUAUUUGAUCAUGUUAACAUUAUGCAUAGUUCCACUAUUUUAUAUGGAAUUAAUGAUUGGACAAUAUUUUCGUCAAGGUUGUAUAAGUGUAUGGAAAAUUACACUUUUAUUUAAAGGUAUUGGAUGGGCUUCAUGUAUUAUCACAUUUCUUGGUACUCUUCAUUACAACACAAUAAUUGCUUGGGCAUUUUUUUAUUUAUUUGCUUCGUUUCAAAGUGAAUUACCAUGGUCAAACUGUAAUCACAGUUGGAAUACUCCGUAUUGUAAAGAAAUUUCAACUAACAACUUAUCACAUGUAAACUUCACUAUGACAACUGCUGCGAAAGAAUUUUUCGAGAUUAGGAUGCUUGGCGUUGAUAAAAGCACUGGAUUUGGAGACUUUGGUACAGUUCAAUGGGAAGUUUGUUGUUGCUUACUUCUGAUAAAUGUCAUUCUGUUUUUGUCUUUAUUCGAUGGAGUCAAAGUUCUUGAAAAAGUUUCAUGGAUAACAGCUGGUGUACCUUAUUUGGCAACAUUUAUAAUAUUGAUUAGAGGCGUAACAUUGAGCAAUGCUGGAUAUGGUAUCAAGACGUUUCUUACUCCAUCAAUGCGAAAACUUCUGGGAUGGAAAGUAUGGUUUGAUGCAUCCAGUCAAGCUUUCUUCUCUCUAGGUGUUGGUUUCGGUGUACAUAUAGCUUAUGGAAGUUAUAAUAAAAUCAAUAAUCCAGCUUAUGUCGACUGUAUUAUUACAACAGCAAUGAAUGUUUGCUUUAGUUUACUAAACAGCAUCUCCUUAUAUUCAUUUUUGGGAUAUUUAUCACACCAAUAUGGAGUAUCAAUUCAAGAAAAUGUCGACGGAAAUUUGGGGCUGAUAUUUAUUGUAUAUACCAGUGCAUUCAGUACCUUACGUGCUCCACAUCUAUGGUGCAUGUUACUAUUUUUCAUGCUAAUUACAUUAGGUUUAGGAAGCGCGAACGGUGCAACCGAAUCAUUUUUGGCAGCACUUUGUGAUGAAUGUACAAUAUUCAAUCUUAAAUUGAAAAAAUACUUUCGUCUAGGAUUGACAAUUGCUUUUCUGUCAUUAUCAUUUAUAAUUUCUAUACCGAAUGUAUGCAUGGGAGGAUAUUAUAUGGUACAUUUUCUAGAUCAAAAUGCUUGUAGUACAUCAGUUGUAUGUACCUGUUUGAUUGAAUGUUUUGCUAUUGUUUAUGUUUAUGGUAUACAUAAUUUAUCAAGAAAUAUGCAGGAAAUCACCUAUAAACAAGUGCAUUUUAUAACACGUUUAAUUUUGAAAAUUUUUGUACCUUCAAUACUGAUUUUUAUGUUGUUGUGCAAAAUUUUAACUUCAACCAAUGCAGAAAUUUCCGUUGGUGGGAAAUUUUACCAUUAUCCUGAUUGGUCAAUAAUUGGUAUUUGGAUGUUAUGUUUAAUUGUACUUAUACCGAUACCUAUUAAUAUGAUUGUUCAAUUAAUAAACGUACGAAAACGUGGAAAAUCUUGGUAUAUUCGAACUGCGAUGCUUAUUACACCAUUAGAAGAACAUGAUGAACUUCAACAAACUGGAUACUGCAAACGUUUCAAAAUUAACCAUUGGUUGAAAAUUUAACCAACAUAAACAACAUAACCGCCCAGAAAUUUUAAUUUUUCAGAGUGAAGCUACCGCGAUCGUUCAAAAUUCUUAACAAUCUAAUAUUUGGUAACUAAACAUUUAACCAAUACAAACAGUCAAUACUUUGAUAAAUAGAAUGAAUCACAGUUUACUAGUGUAAUAAAUUUUUUAGAUACAAACCAGAUUAGUUUUUUUCAUUGAAAAUUAGUUGAACAUUGAACUAACAAAUAAAGAACAGAUUUGCUUACAUUAUAAAUUUAUCAAUCGAUGAUUUAACACAAACGCAAUAAGUUAUUUAUUCAUUUAUUUCUAUGCACUGCUUUUUCGCUCUUCUUUUACAAUGAUCAAGAAAAUAAAACACACUUCAUACUAAUAACAACAAUAUUGAUUCAGGUUCACUUGUACUUCUGAUGAUGAGCUUAACAGGACUUUUCCCCACAUUCCGAUAAUUUAUUUAAUUCAUUCUUCUUGAGUUAUCCACUCAUCUUUCGACCCUGCUAGUUAUUCGCCUAUAUCUUGGUGGUUUCUAUUCCAUUGUGUGUUUGCUGCUUACUUUAAUCUGAAUAUAACUGCUUAAUCAUGCUUCCUUGUUGCAUGGUGGAGUUGGCUUACUAGCCUUCUUCACUUCGCUUCGCUCUGCUUGUAUGCUUCUUAUUGUCAUGUCUAUCUGCAAGAAUGAACGGAUGAAAACAAUUCACUCACAAAACCACAUUUGGCUUCUUAUUACCGCUGUCUUACAAACGGGGUUCGCUUAAGUAUGAUAUACGAAAAUCAAAGGGAAGAUGUCACAUACUCGAUCAUCGCUGACCACACAUUAAUUUAGUCAAUUUUAUUCAAAUCACAAUGGUUUUUCUUUUUUGACUGUUAUCCAUUCCUUCUAAUUACCGAUUGAUUAAUAAAAAUAAUCCACAAAAUAUCUUGUGUUUAUGUACUGGGUUUUGUUAACUAACUGA